AUGAAUUUUCAAAACGUGAAUUUCUUAAAUGUACGAUUGAACUUGCUCUCGGGGAAUCUUCUUCCGAUGUUCAACCGUGACUCAUCCUUUUCAUUCUUUUGGAAAAUAUACAGCGCUUUUGUGUGGAUAGUAUAUUUCAUUUUGGUUAUUGCGAUGAUACCUGGGAGCAUUUAUGUGCCAAAGGAAAAAGUUCUUAAAGAUAGCCUUCUCACCAUGGUAAUUUUUAUAGAAAUACUCUUUGGGUUUUUGCGAAUUUACACUCGAAAAAAUUUGGCAUAUCAAUUUAUUCAAAAGUUGAAUACAAUACUGCAUAUUGACGAUGAAACUAUGAAAAACGUUGUAAUGACCACUUUAGAGCCAGUAAAAAUUCCACUUAAUUUUUACUUCUCCUCUGGCAUGGUAGGAAUAAUAGGAUGGACCUGUAUGCAUUUUGUAUUAACAUUCCAAAAGAAUUUGUUUUAUUACGAAGAUUAUAGAUUGCCUGCAGCUUUCUCCAAACAACCAUUCUCGUUCAGAGUUUUUUUAGUAGGAGAUAUAUUCAUACUAAUCAGCAUGAUAUGUACGUUCUUAAAAAAGAUCAGUAUGGAGGUAUACAUGAUGCAUUUAGUCAUGAUGGUAACAGCGCAAUAUCGAUAUAUUGCACUAAAAAUUGCGAUGACAUUUCAAGAAAAAAAUGAAGAUGUUAAAUAUCGAUCAGGACAUUGCCCUGAUUAUUGGAAAAAAGAAAAGGAAGUGAAGGCACUGUGUCGACAUCACAAUGAUGUGAUUGAAUUAACUUUAUUGCUGAAACAACUGCUGUCUUUAAGCUUUAGUUUAAUGUAUAUAAUGAGUGUCUUUCGAUUCUGCUUUAUUGGAAUCAUGUUUAGCACCGUCGCAUCCACGACGAUUGGGGAAGCAAUUUCGAUUGUCAUGUACACAUCAGGUGCAACAGUGCAACUUUAUAUUUUGUGCUCUUGUGUGCAACAACUAGUAGACGCGAGUACAGAAGUAACAGAUAAGGCGUUUCAUGAAAACUGGUAUUUGCUUCAACCAUCGACAAAACACAUUUUUAUUUUGAUGAUUAUGUGUAAUAAUUUAGAAUGCAGAAUUGCGACGUUUAAAAAUUUCAAUUUCUCCUUACCCUCAUUUAUGACGAUUUUAAAUCAAUCGUACUCAAUUGCCCUUUUGUUUUUGAAAAUGAAAUGA